GAGAGAAGCUGCAGAUUUGAGCAAGUGCUUAUGAAUUAGAUAUCUAAUAUCAGAUUUAAAAAUACACCUCACUAUGACAUCUGUAACUCUCAAUAAUGGAGCUAAGAUGCCCAUUGUUGGACUGGGAACAUGGAGGUCUCCUCCAGGUGAAGUCACAGAGGCGGUGAAAUCUGCCAUCCUGUCCGGCUACCGGCACAUCGACGGAGCCCACGUCUAUGAAAACGAGAAUGAAGUUGGGGACGGCAUCUGUGCCAUGAUUAACCAAGGAGUGGUGAAGAGAAAGGACCUUUUCAUAGUCAGCAAGCUGUGGUGCACUUUCCACGAGAAACACUUGGUCCGAGGAGCCUGUGAAAAAACCCUGAGUGAUCUUAAGCUGGACUAUGUUGAUCUCUACCUCAUGCACUUUCCCAUGGGCACUAAGCCUGGAAAGGAUCUUUUCCCACUGGAUAAGGAUGGCCAUGUGAUUCCAGACAACAGCAACUUUCUCGAAACAUGGGAGGCAAUGGAGGAGUUGGUGGACGCUGGGUUGGUUAAAGCCAUCGGCAUCUCAAACUUUAACCGGGAUCAGAUUGAGGCAAUCCUGAAUAAACCAGGGCUCAAAUACAAACCUGCCAACAAUCAGAUUGAGUGUCAUCCAUAUCUGACCCAGGAGAAGCUUAUAAACUACUGUCAGUCCAAAGGCAUAACAGUCACGGCGUACAGUCCUCUGGGUUCACCAAACAGACCAUGGGCACAGGCAGAUGAGCCUUCACUACUGGAGGACCCAAAGAUCAAGGCCAUUGCAGAUAAGCAUGGUAAAACCACAGCUCAGGUCUUAAUCCACUUUCACAUUCAGAGGAAUGUUGUGGUCAUUCCCAAAUCUGUAACUCCCUCUCGAAUCAAGGAGAAUUUUGAGGUCUUUGAUUUCGAGUUAAGUAAAGAAGAGAUGAACACCAUAUUGAGUUUUAACAGGAAUUUUAGGGCUUUCGGGCUGGAAUGGGCUUCAAAACAUAAAGAUUUUCCACUGAAUGCUGAAUACUAAGGCCGUUUGCUCCGGAAGCCCAUUUCUGCCAUAGGAUAUACAGGAUGUAGGACAAAGGCACUUGGGAGUUUUCAAUGUCACAUGUAUUAUUUUAUGGCAAAUCUUUAAUUUAGAGUAAAGGUAUACGCUCUAAAU